CUGGAAAGAUACAGAUGACCCCAAACUCCCGGGUCUACAGCACAAGCCUGUCCUACAACCCCAACCCUGCCAGCAACCCAGGGAUCCUGAGAACCAGUCCAGCUGUGCUCCCUAUUGAGUGUCACUAUCCCAGUGCUCUUGAAGAACUUGCGUUGCAGAUGACUGGAGUGCUGAGAGAUCCUUCCAACGGAUUCCAGCUCGGGGAGGUCAUGCAUAUCCAAGCUGAUGUCAGCACUGGGAACCAUGUGGCUCUGAGGCUCUUUGUGGACAGCUGUGUGGCCACCCUGAGCCCAGACAGGGACUCCUCUCCCCAGUAUGCUGUCAUUGACUUCAAUGGCUGGUCUCCAGUGGAAGGCAUCAGAGGGGGCACAUCUCUCUGCAGCUGCUGUGAGACUGGGAACUGUGGGUUGCUUGGAGGACAGUGUGGGAGAGUGAACCAACCCUCUGGACAGAUGGCUGGGGAGGCGCUUCCAGAGAGAUGUGCCUCCCCAAGCAUGGUGACUCGGAGGGGGAAGCAGAGGCUGAUGUUGCUGUUGGACCCUUGUUCAUCCUUAAUGCAGCUGAAGGCUUAAGGUUUCAAAUGGAGGCAGUGAAGAUGUCGUUGGAGGGUCCAGAAGAGCCCGUGAUGAUCCUGGGGUUAUUUGCUGUGGCUCUACCUGUAGUUCUGUCCCUUGCUGCCCUGGUAACCAUGAUCAUAUGCAGAAAGCACAGACACUCCACUGCCUGAGCUGUCCGGGUUGUGUAACUGCACAAUAAAGAGUGA